CCUUCUAGCUUCUGCGUUCUGGGUCCCUCCUCCUUGCACUUCCAGUCUCCUCGCCUGUAGCUUUCACCUGAUCCAUUACGUGCGUUUAUUGAACCAGCGUCAGCUGACAAUCUCCAGGUUUUGCCGUCCAUUCGUGCUGUUCCAGCACGUCUGCUCAUACACCGCUCCUUUCUUAUGGCGCCUUCCGUUUUAUAGAUGCGUGCUGCUACGUGAGUUUCAUGUAAACGGUUCCAGGGGACGUUUCUCGACCCGAUAAUUUUCCGUCAUGGUUUCUGGUUUCCCUCGCAUUAGCUUCUUCUGAGGCCUUCAUAUUGUACCGACGAUUUUAAGCGUUUAUUUUUCAAGCUGUCGUUCAGCCAGCUUUCGAACUAGCCCGGACACGCGUCCGACCUUAAUAAGUAACCUUAAUCAGCACGAGACGACGUAGCUUCAAUAAGUGACUUAAGUUGCCACCUUCAAGUGCAUUCACAGUACUUUACACGGCAUGAACCGUGUGUAAAGUACUGUGCAAAAAACCACUGUGGAUGCCCUCGAAGUGCACGAACACGGCAUGAAGUCGACUCAAAAACACGGCAUGAACUGCGCAUUUCUACCUUACUCUUUCUCUUUCUCUAACCUCUAUUGCUAUUAGAGAGUGUAGUCUCCCCGUUCUUGCCUCCAAAGCUAUUACGAACGAGCCUUGUUCCGUAAGAUUAAUUCUAAUAAACCAGGAAUAAUUCUUCAGCGCGCGACUCGAAUCGUUACUUUCCGGCAUGGUUGGCUUCUAAGUCGACUCUCAAGUUGUUGAUUUUACCUCGUUAUUCGCCACCAUGCGUUGCUGCCACAGCAGCCUGAAUGAAGUCCAGCCGCGCAGCGACUUUUGAGUCCACUCUCAAGCCACUCGUUGCAUUGGCGUUCGACACUUUUUGACUCGACUCGUUAUUCGCCGCCAUGGGUUGCUGCUACAGCCUGAAUAAUAAUGGCGGGCCUCGAAGCGUGUCCCUCAUUCGCCAGCGGCCGAAAUCGUGGUUCCGCGGCUUUGCAGCCGUCCACUCCAUCGCAUGCAGGCUCGCCACCUCAGUGUCAGGUAGCCGUUUCACAACCACGGAUGAGACAGGCUCCACUCUAGCACUGCGGCGCUUCACCUACCGCGAGCUACAGCAGGCCACGCAGUGGUUCGGCCCGAACCGGAUCCUGGGUCGGGGCAGCUUCGGCACGGUUUACCGAGGCUCCGUGGAGGACUGGCUCGGUAAAGAAGAUGAGGGGGGGGGUUCAGGGGAGGAGGGAAGAGGAGGGAACGGACAGGGGAGUUCUGGAGGUUUAGGAGGAAGAGGAGGAAGAAGAGGAGAAAGAAGAGGUGGUAGCAGAGGAAAGGGGGAAAGCAGGGGGGGAGCAGGAGGUGUGGCAUCCUCUAGAGCACCACGUCAGCGUGACGUGGCAGUGAAGGUUCUACACAGUGGGAGCUUCAAAGCUGUAGACGAGUGCAUGUCAGAAAUUGUCAUGCUGGGGAGCCUGAGUCACCCCAACCUGGUGCGCCUGCUGGGAUACUGCGUGGAUUUGAACCGGCCCCGGGGGGGUAGCGCUGCCGUGCUGGUUUAUGAGCUUAUAGAGAGGGGAAACCUGCACACGUGGCUGUAUCCACGUCAGCAGGAGGAGGAGCAGGAGAAGCAGAAGGAGGAGCAGGAGGAGCAGGAGGAGCAGGAGGAGGCACAGCAGUGGAAGGAGAAGCAGGGGCGGGUGGGAGGUGGGGGUGGCAGCGCCAGCCGCACUGCUGACAAGAGUGGGCUUUCAACUGUCCCCCCUUCCGGCAUCCAUUGCACAGCUACGGCUGCUACAGCUGCUACAGCCGCUACAGCCGCUACAGGUGCAGCCGAUGCUACUGCUGCUACAAGUGCUGCAUGUGGCGUUGGUUCCACCCUGCCUGUGCUGACGUGGCAGCAGCGCGUGCGCAUAGCUCUGGACGUGUCGAGAGGGCUGGAGUACCUUCAUGAGCAAAACGUGAUUCACAGGGACUUCAAGACGUGCAAUAUUCUACUGGAUGAGCACAUGAGCGCCAAGCUGACGGAUUUCGGCAUGGCAACGACGGGGCCUGAGGAGGGCAAGUCGCACGUGUCUACUCGGAUCAUGGGGACAUUGGGUUACCUGGACCCCUCGUACAUAGACACAGGCCACCUGACAGCGCGCAGUGACAUCUACUCCCUGGGGGUUGUGCUGCUCGAGCUGGCAACGGGCAGGUCGCCUGCUGCUGCUGUCAAGUGCAGCCGGCUCAUGCCGUGGAUCCACCGACACCUGGACAGGUGCGAGCGGUUCCUGCAGCAACGGCAGCUGGAGAAACAGAGGCAACAGCUGAAGAUGCACCAGCAGCGGCAGCAGCACCAGCACCAGCACCAGCAGCACCAGCAGCACCAGCAGCACCAGCAGCACCAGCAGCACCAGCAGCACCAGCAGCAGCACCAGCACCAGCAGCAGGAGCAACUAGAAGUUCAAAGUUCUGUCCCCUUUGAUCUGAAACUCGUUAUGGAUAGAAGGCUGAACGGAGUGUACAGUAAAGAAGGGGCGUUCAAGCUGCUUAUGCUGGGAAAGUGGUGUGUGGAUGAGGACCCGUUGCAGCGGCCAGAAAUGAGGCUGAUUAUAACGAGUCUGGAGGAGAUUCUAGGCUUAGAGGAGGAGCAGCAGGUGGCAACCAGAGAGGAACAGAAGAAGGUACUUAUAGACGCGAGUGCUUGUGCACAACGUGCUAGUGAUGAGAAUGGUGAAAGGGAGAAGGAUCAGGGAACUAGCGGGGAAAGGAAGGAGGAGGAGGAGAAGAGCCAUCAAGAGGUGAUGAUGACUAAGGGAAAGUUGUAUUGUGAGGGGGCUCCCUACACGCAUCACAGCAAGAGCAGGGAGGGGGAGGAGGAGCAUUGGCCGGGUGGUGUUAAGGAAUUGAUUAGGAUGCAAGGGGUGCAUGAUGUGAACGGGGUGCAUGAUGUGAACGGGGUCCAUGAUGUGAACGGGGCGCAUGAUGUGAAUGAGGUGCAUGAUGUGAAUGAGGUGCAUGAUGUGAAUGGGGUGCAUGAUGUGAAUGAGGUGCAUGAUGUGAAUGAGGUGCAUGAUGUGAAUGGGGUGCAUGAUGUGAACGGGGUGCAUGAUGUGAUGGGUGGCGUGCAUGCUGCCAACGUGCACAGUGUGAGUGGGCAUGGUGCGAAUGGGCGUGGUGCGAAAGGGGAGCAUGACGUACAUAUGACGAAUUGCACGCAUGGCAUGGGCUUUGCGAGUGGUGUCCAGGAAGCAAAGCAUGGCAUGCAGGAUGCAAAGCAUGGCAUGCAGGAAGCAAAGCAUGGCAUGCAGGAUGCAAAGCAUGGCAUGCAGGAUGCAAAGCAUGGCAUGCAGGAUGCAAAGCAUGGCAUGCAGGAUGCAAAGCAUGGCAUGCAGGAUGCAAAGCAUGGCAGUAUGCAUGCUCGUGGCCCUUCAAAUCCGUGUGAUGUGAAUAGGGUACAUAUGAUGAAUUGCACGCAUGGCACGGAUGAUGUCAAAGGCGUGCCUGGUGUGAAGCGUGGUAGCAUGCAUGCCUGCAACUCCCCGAAAGUGCAUGAUGUGAAUGGCGUGAGUGGCGUGAAUGGCAUACGUGCCAGUAGUAGUGGCACGCAGAGGGUACCUACCACGUUUGACAUGCAUAAGGCGCAUCAGGUGCAAGCAUCAGCAGCACCCGGUGUUCCACCAACGAGGCCAGCUGCUCUUGCACUUGUAGCGAUGUCAUAUCUUGAAGCCUCAGCUCUUGUAAAGCAGCAAAUAACACCAUGACGAGCUUCUCGACUGUAAAUUUGCGUUCUCUCUUUUAAAGUGGCAAGAAGGGGGGUGGGUACUGUAAUAAUUUGACAGGUGUUGC